AUGUCAAUCUCGUUAAACGAGCGAUCCGCAUUGGUGGUGGUGACUGGAGACGGAGCUGUCGAGAUGGAUUUAUCCGCGCACAAUUGGAAGCAUGCGCCGUCCGUUCCUGGGAAGCAGCAACUGAUUCCAACUAUUUUCGCAAAAGCACCAGAAACAAUUCCUCAGCAAGUCUGCGACGAUAACAUGGAAGCGUUCGUUCCGCUCGUCAAGUUGAACGCAAUCGGCAGUGCGACGGAGGCCACAUGCCUCAUUCUCGGUGUUGACGAGACAGUGAGAAAUCCACAAAGCGAUGCACAAAGUCCAGAGCCAAAAGCAUCCCCUGGUGCGGUCUCCGGGGCAGGGGCAUGUUGA